UGUAAUACAGUUUGUCAUCAAGACAUAUACAUAAAGCAGCAAAGCCAUGGAGGUAGACGAGGAGGCUGGAAACUACUCCAUCUCCAACAUCGACGCACUGGACGACCUAUGUUUGCAGCACAUAGCGUCAUGCACGGAGUCUGUGCGAGAGCUCUUAGGGCUGGCUGGCACCUGCAAGCGCCUGAAAGCAAUUGUGGACUCAGCCGACCCCGCCUGGCAGCGACGCAUCUUGGCGGACUUCGGUCUGCCGGUGCAGGGCGUGGGGCUCAAGCGGCAGUACGAUGUGCUGCGACACGUGGCGUAUGGCGGGUCUGACGCCCACGUGCGUCACGGCGGCGGCGGCGGCGGCUCCAGCGCCGCUUCCCGCUCCGGCUCCGAAUGCACCAGCCCCACUGGGUUCCUAUCAGCAGCAGCAGCAGCAGCAGCAGGGGCAGGGGCUGCUGGGUUUGGAGGCGCCGCCGCCGCCGGGCCUUCGGCGCACCCCGCGCACUCGGUGCACUCGCAGCAGCAGCGGCACCCGCACCCGCAGGCGGCGGCCGGAGGCGGCGGCGGCACCUGUGUGCGGCCCUUCCUGCCGUUUGAGGGCGUGUGCACGGACGGUAGCUGCGACGUACCCUGGGCCGACUUCUGGGCCGGGCACCUGUUCACGCCCUCCUCCCGCACCUUCUACUCCAGCCAGUCCCUCACCGCCAACAUCCAUUGCGUGGCGCUGCUACAGCCGGCCGGCCACACGGACCCGGCUGCUACAGCCGCCGAGGCCAAGGCGGCGGCGGCAGCAGCAGGAGCAGCAGGGGCAGCAGCAGGGGCAGCAGCAGGGGCAGCAGCAGGGGCGGGGGCGGGGGUGGGAGCGGGGGUGGGAGCGGCGGGGUUUAGGUGGGACCCUCGCGCCGCUGCUGUGGAUGCGGAGGCGGCGGCGCACCGGACGUUCCUGCUGGACAGACUGCAGCUGCCUGCAGCCUACCUGAGUCGCGACGUCAUGCGUGCAAUCAUGACGGACGCGGCGUGGGAGGCAGACGGAGGCGGAGGCGGCGGAGGAGGCGGCGGAGGCGGAGGCGGAGGCGGAGGGGGAGCAGGCGGAGCAGGAGGGGGAGGCGGAGGUGGGCAGCAGCCGCACGCGCCGCCGGACCCGCUGCCGCCGCUGCCGCCGCGCGCAGUGGAGGAUGCCCGGCGCGUGCUGGCGGCGUGCGCGACUGAGGUGCUUGAGGACCUGUACGUGCACUGCUACAACCAGAUGACUCAGGGCCGCGCCUGGGGCCGGCUGCUCAUCCGCAGUCUGGGCCGCCAGCACGUGCCGCAGGAUCAAGACGAGGCGCUUCAGACCAUCCACACCAAGGCCUGGCAGAUCUGGCACUCGCAGCGCUCCGUGCCGUACGACGUACGACAGGCCGACGCCGCCCGCCAGCCCCGACUGCUGUACGGCGCGCCGCCGCUGCGGCCGCUGCUGGAGCCGUUGGCGGCGGCGCCGCCGCCGCCAGAAGCUGCGGGCGGAGCGCUGGCGGCGGCGGCGGCAGUUGUGGGAGCGGGCUCUUCCUCUUUACUAUCCUCCUCGCACCAGCAGCAGCAGCAGCAGCAGCAGCAGCAGCAGCAGCAGCAGCAGCAGCAGCAGCAGCAGCAAGGGCCGAAGCCGGCGCCGCAGCAGCAGCCGCAGCUGUCACGGACGGUGGGUCUGUUUGACAGCGUGUUGAUCAGCCGCCACCUGAAUGUGACCUGUCCGCUGAGGUGUGGGGCGCUGUUCGCCGCCACGACACGCCGUACAGGUCCCUCGCCGCUGCAGCAGCUGCAGCAGCAGCUGAAGCAGCAGCUGAAACAGCACGGGCAGCAGCUGCUACAGCAGUUGCAGCAGCAGCAGCAACAGCAGCAGCCGCAGCAGCAGCUGCAGCAGGUGCAGCAGCAGCUACAGCCUUUGGCAGUAGCAUCAGCGGCAACGGCAGUGGCCAGAGCAGGGUCGGCAGCAGGCGGGCGUGGAGGCGGAGGUGGCGGGGGCCCGGCGGCGGGGGCGCAGCAGCAGGGACAACAGGGUCAGGGGCAGCAGCAGCAGCAGCACCCGGCGCCGGCGCUGGCACAGGCACUGUCUAACGGCCUGGCAUCAAUGCCUGUCGUCAAGGCUGUGAACGACUGUGAGGACGUGCGGGCGCUGCUGCGCGGCGUGCGGGCGGGGCAUCUGCCGCGGCCGGCGGGCUACUACACGAAUGGCUGGGUGGAGUGGGUCGAAUUCGAGCGGCCCGGAGUCGCCGUGCGGCCAGCCGGCUCCGGCGGCUGUAGCAGCAGCGGCGACGGCGGCUGUAGCAGCAGCAGUGGCGGUGGCGGCGGCGCCGCGGGGGGCCUCACGUCGCCGUGUGUGUGGCGGAGCGACGCGGAUCUGCCGGCUCAGCUGCAGGCGGAGCAGCAGGCGCUGAAACACAUGCAGCAGCAGCAGCUGCAGCAGCCGGGGCCGCCGGGGCCGGCGGCGGCGGCGGCGGCGGCGGCCGCGGCGGCGGCGCCGCCGCAACAGGGGCAGGGGCAAGGGCCGCAGCCGGGCCGUGGGCGGCGGGCCGGCGCGGGGGGCGGCGCGGGGGCCGCCGCGGCCGGGGAAGGCGGCGGCAGUGGUGCGGGCGGUGCUACUGCCGCGGCGGCUGCUGCGGCUGCUGGAGCUGGGGGCGGUGCUACAGCCGGGGGUCUGCACCGUGUGCCGCGUCUGGAGCUGCCGGAGCAGGGCGUGUGUGCGUGCGUGAUGCCCGUGCUGUGGUACAGGUUCUUCACGCGCGAAGAGAGGAGGGCGCUGCGACGCAGCCAUAACAAUGCAAACGCCGCAAACAGCAAUGGCACUGGUAUUCACGCAGCCUACGCUGCGGCCGCCGCGGGGGCCGGCGGCGGCGCGGCAGCCGCGCCUGCGGCGGCGGCGGCGCCGGCGGCGGCGGCGCCGGCGCCAGCACAGGCGCCUGCACCGGCGGCGGCGCCACCCGCCGCCGCCGCCGUCCCGGUCAACGGCGCCGCGGCGGCGGCGGCGCUGGCGGCGGCGGAGGCGGUGGCGGAGCUGGCGGCGGCGGACGAGCAACUGGCGGCGGCGGAGGCGUUGCUGGCAGAGCUGCACGAAGUUGAGAGGCUGGCGGCGGCGGCGGCGCAGCCGCCUCCCCCUGCUGGCGGCGGCGCUGCCGCCGCCGCCGCCGCAGGAGGCGGCGGGCCGGUGGGCGCGCUGGCGGCGGCAAUGGCGGCGGCGAUGGCGGCGGUUGAGGUUGGCGCGGCUGCGGGCGAGGAGCCGGCGGUGGAGGUGGAGGGUGACCGGGUGCGGAUCAGUGUGGGCGGCCACACGCUCUUCUCGGCACCGCUGGGCGAGGCGGCGGCGCCAAUGGUGGCUGCGGCGGCGGCGGCGGCGCUCAAGGCCGCGGUCACGUCGGGCGAUGCCGCUGCCGCCACCUCCGCUGCUGCCGCCAGAGCUGCCGCUGCCGCCACCUCCGCUGCUGCCGCCGGAGCUGCUGCUGCCGAUGCUGCUGCCGGUGCUGCAGGGGCAGGGCAAGGCCAAGGCGACGCGGCGGGACCCUCCGGCUCUGCAGGCCCGUCCCACGCGCCCGCGGGCGCCGUCGCAGCAGACGCAGCAGGCACAGCAGACGCAGCAGGCGCAGCAGACGCAGCAGGCGCAGCAGACGCUGCUGACAUCAGUGUCGGCGGCCUGACGGCGAUGGACGUCGGAGAAACCCGUGCCGAUACACAGACGGCGCCGGGGCGUGCCAACCUCGGGCCCUCCACCGGCACAACAGCCAACGGCAUUGCGACGGCCGCGGCUACUGCUGCUACUGCCGCUGGGGCGGCGGCGCCCGCCGCCACCGCCGCCACCGCUGCCGCCGCCGCCACUGGCGGCAGCGAGGCUGACUCAUACCAGGACGCAAUGGACGCGGAGGGCUGGGAGCACUGCUCGUCAGACGAGGACGAGCAUGUGCACGUGGGGGCCGGCCGCGGCGGCGGGGCUGGCAGCGGCGGCGGCGGAGGGCACGCAGGCGGCGAGGAGGAUGGCGAGGCGGCUGGGCAGGAAGGGGUGGAGGUGCAGGCAGCAGCGGAGGCGCAGGCAGCAGGGGAGGCGCAGGCAGCGGCUCUCGAGAACGCGGGUGAGGAUCAAGAGGGCAAUGGCGAUGUGGAUGCGGAUGCGGAUGACGAGGACGAGGACGAGGACGCAAACGAGGUCCACCAGCAUGAGGAUGAGGGGGAUGGAGACGAGGAGGAUGAGGAGGAUGAGGAAGAUGAAGAAGAUGAGGAAGACAUGUUUGAGGAUGAUGAAUUUGACUUGGAGGAUGACGGGCCGCUUGAUGGCGGCUGGGUCGGCGGCGGCGGCGGCGGUGGCGGCGCCGGCGGGCCCGGGGCGAGCCCAGUGGCGGCGGCCGCCGCCGCCGCGGCUGCGGCGGCUGCAGCGUGCAAUGCGGCGCGGGCGGCGAUGGUGGCGGCGGAUGCGGCGGUGGCGGAGCUACUGCCGGCGGCGCAGGCCGUCAUCUCCCCCACCAUGCCCAUCUUCCCCAUAUCGCCCAACCUCACAGCACUCGCGCCGGGUGUGGGGCACGUGUACGGCUGGGCGGCGCCGGCGGCUGCGGAUCACAUGGUGCAGAUACGGCUGAAGCAGCCCUGGUGUGCCAACCUGCUGCUCGCCAAGCUAAUAUCGUGCGAGGACGUGCGGCCGGCCUUCAACCGCAGCCGCGGCGGCAACAACAUCGAUGUCGGCAUCGUGACGGUGCAGGGGCCAGCCACGUUCACUGGCGGAGGCGGAGGCGGAGGCGGCGGGCCGCUGGUGCGGCUGCAGGGGGGCGUGAGCCUGCUGUGAGAGGGCUGUGAGAGGGGCUGUGCGGCGAGGCAGUUGAGGGGCUGUGAGAGGGGCUGUGCGGCGAGGCAGUUGAGGGGCUAUGCUGUGCGGCGAGGCAGUUGAGGGGCUGUGCGGCAAGGCAGUUGAGGGGCUGAGAGAGGGGCUGUGCGGCAAGGCAGUUGAGGGGCUGUGUCAGCACGGUGUGCGAGGGGGGGGCGGGGAUUGCAACGAUAGGACCAGGUUGCUGGAAACUGUACGCGUGAGUGCAUGUGUGUGUGUGUGUGUGUGUGUGAGAGGGGUAGGGUUACGCGAAGAUGCGAGGCAGGGUGUGGGGGGUGGGGGGUGGGGGAUGGGGUCGUCAUGAGUCAUGAGUGGCGACACAGCUGCCGGGGCAACGCUCUGCUGAGCUGCUGUGCCCCAAAGCAGCGGGUACAGAACGAAUGCUGGGUGUGAACGACUGUAGAUGCCAUGUAUUUGUUGGUGUUGCCGUGCUUCGCAAACUAGGCUGGCGAGGCGGCGUGUGUGCGGCUGAGGCAGCUCAAGGCGGUUGGGGCGUGUGUGUGGGGGGGGGGGUGAGAGAUGAAGGCUCACGUCGUGGCUUGCUGAUGUCGUGGCUUGCAUUGGCCGCUCUCGAGCCUUGGUCCUAGUUGGAGAAAAGCGGGAUAGGGGCAGGCUGGCAGGAGGGCAGGCUGGCGGGCAGGCACUGGCGGGCUGGCAGGCCGGCGGACGCCCUCGAGUACUGUAAUGGGACACAUGG